AUGGAGAACCACCAGAGGAUACCUAUAAGAAAGAUGCGCAAGUAUUUCAAGGGUACUGUAGCUCAAAGCUUCGAGCUUAACGUUACUAAGGGCGAACUUCAGGAAGCCACAAAAGCCGCCAACGCUCGUAAAAAGCGACAACAAGUUGACAGGAGACAUGUACAAACAGGUGGAGUAUUAUACGCUAGCGACGCGCGCGCGGCAGUACUUGCAAAGGACUCCCCAUUCGCGAAAGGUACCUCCGAUGGUGCUGGCGAUACCCAGAGCCAGCCCUCCGAGCCAGCGCCGUUCACGAUUAUUCAGUGGCAAAUGCCUAAAAAUGGCCAAGAACGAUGA